AUCCAACUUCCGGUAAAAUGGCCGAUAAGAAAUAUGCUUUUUUGCAGGAAUAGAUACGUCAACAUAGUGAAAUUGGAGCCUCUGAUGCCAUGAGAAGGACGAUGGUUGCAAACCAGUAACUUCUUCCGAACCUGUGUUAAAAUGAACGACCAAAUGUCUGGCCUCUCCCCCGAGGCAGAGGUAUUCAUACCUCGGGGAGCAAGUCCACAGACAGAGGGACGCAUGAAUAUCCAACAAAUCCCAUCCUAUAUGACUAACUGUUAUCCCUUUGUACAGACAGACUACAGAAUGCCAUGGGUCUCUAGCUCCAGACCUCCAAGGCACUAUCAUGGUUUCCAUGGUAGCAGAAAACACAGAAUGUCUGGAGGUAACCAUGGAAACAGAAUGCCAGCUAAUAAAUAUAUGGAUCAUUCUAAUCCAUUUAUGUUCCAUGGUGUUCCCCCACCUGUGGAAAUGGGAUGGAAUAACCCAUUGUCCUAUAACCAAAAUCUCCCAGCUACAUCUAUGGAGUUUCCUGGUACACUUCCAAAUGGAAUGCCGUUUGAUGGGGGGACGUCUGAAUCCCAGAACAGCCGUCAAAAUCAAGGGGAGUCCACAGCAUGGAAGAGACAGCCAAGAAAGGACAAUUCUAGUCAAAAAAAGAAUGUGAAUGAAAACAAUGUAAGAAAGGUUGGAGAGAAAGAUGGUGCUGCAAACUUCGAACAGAGACAUGAAGGAAAGAAGAAAGGAGAUAAAAGCAAACAAUUGCAGAGAGGACGACAGAACAUUUCAACAGGUGAUGCGGUCUCUAAAGGAGUUAAGGGUUCACCGGCACCAAGAGAAGAGCGCACCCCAAGGGGGAUAAUCUUCAAAGAAAUAUCCAUCCAAACAGAAUUCCCGGACAGAUUCGCUAACAAAACGUUAGCAGUGUAUCCCUGUCCAUUCUACUCACCCCAGAACCAUGAUGGCAGUCAGAUUCUAUACAGUAGUGAUUCAGAGGUAGACUCCGACAGUGGCUACUGUAGUCCGCAACAUAAGAGGAAUUAUGUGUCCAGUGGCACACAGCCCGCUGAAUUCAUUGAAACAGUGGUCUUUUCUCAAAAUUUUGUGGAAUCAGAACAGAGUAUAUCAAAUUCUAAUGAAUUGACGAAAAGACAGAAUACAUCAAAAUCUGCCCAAUCAGGGCAUAGCAUAUCAAAUAGUGACAGAAUAGGGCAGAGUAAAUUAAAUUUACAUCAUCCAGAACAGAGACAAGAUAUUCAAAAUUCUGUCCAAUCAGGACAGAGUUCUUUAGUGACUCCUUCAGCUGUCCCGCAGCAAAAGAUGAGCUAUGCCAUGAUUACUCAAAAAGUGCCUAGUCAAAAACCCAGUGUUCAUCCAGAAAACACACAAAAUGUCUGUGAUAUACCUAUAAACUGUAAAAAUUCCAAGAUUGACUCAGGAGAGAAAACUCUAAGUGCCAAGAAGUCUGUGACUAUUAGUUCACAAUCUGUAGAAAAUGCUGAUGAAAAUAAAAAUAAAGCAAAUGUAACAGACAAUGAAGAAUCAACUGGUGAGAAGAAAAAAAGAAAACGAAAUAGGAAAAGAUCAAAGAAAAAGAAAAAUGAGGACCCCGCUGAUUCACAACCAGUGGAGGCUGUUGAGUUACAUUUUGAGGAUGAAGAAGAAUUUCCUGACUUGUUAGGAAGUGUUCAAACUUCUGCUCCUUCCUUGGAACGAAGUUCAUCUCUUGGAAGGGAAAACAAUUUGUCAUCAAGGGAGACAACUCCUUCUCGGGAAAAUAAUAAUUAUAUUGGUUGUGAGAGCAUACAUUUAGAUAACUUACAAACAAUUGGAAAAGCAGCAUAUGUUCUACACCCUAGUGUUGGAAAAUUGAAGAAUGCAGGGGAGGCAACUACAAAUAAAACAGUUGAUUAUUCAAAUCCUAGUCCAGUCGUCAUGACAACUGCAGUCAGUGUUUCUGGUCCACCAUCCUAUAGCUCCAUCCUGAAGGCUAAAAAACCUGUGGUGACAUUUGAUGAGAGACAGCUUCAACAGAAUGAAAAGCUGAUGAAGGAGAGUAAAGCAAGGGAGAUAACUGAUACAGCAGAAACAAGAGUAAGCAGAAAACGUCGGAAACGUCGUGAGAUGAUGAAUCAGGCGGCCGAGGAGGAACUCGCCGAGAUUGGUCUGGAACAGGAUAUGUUACGCGAGCUCAACCUCAAACCUGCAACAGCUAAAAAACUAGCUCAAAAAGGGGGCCAGAAAGGGUCCCAGAAGGGAGCAACAGUGAGACACCGGCUCCCUCAGGCAGGCCUCCUUAAUGUGACCCCACAGGCAACAACUCCAGCAGGGAAGAAGUCUAAACAGACAAUAGCAUUAGACCUGGGGGCCAUGAUAGAUGCUUUGGAGAAAAAGAAAGAUGUUCCAGUCCAACAGAAGAAAGAAACAUUUGUCACUACAGAAAACAAAGUCAAGAAAACCACGACUUCUCAGGGUGCGAAACCUCACAACAUGUUAGAUGCUAGUGCACCGAUGUUGAAAAGAGGGAAAGAGAGGGAAAAUCCCAAACCAAAGAAACCCAGUCCCCUCAAAAAGGUUAUCCUCAAAGAACGAGAAGAAAAGAAAAAGUUACGCCUGUUGGAUGAUUCUGUUCCCGGUAACUCAGGUGUUCCUGUUGGUAUCGGUGUGAUCAGUGCUGAGAGUGAUCUAUCACAAGACGCCUAUAGUUUGAAAGGUUCUGCUGAUUACGGAGGAGUUACUCCAGCCAGUAACGAUCUGUCCCCAAUCAGCCAGACCUCACCUAUCAGUAUGAGUCCUCUCUCCCCUGGGGCCAGCCCCUUGAGUUCAGAGGUCGACAGUCCAAUAGCUGGAACUAUUGGAAAAGAAGCCGUUCUGAAGAUUCACAGCAGGAGAUUUAGAGAGUACUGUAACCAGGUGUUAAAUAAGGAUAUAGACAACUGUUGUACAAACCUACUCCAGGAUCUGGUACGCUUCCAGGACCGGGUCUACCACAAGGAACCUAACAAGGCAAAAUCCAAAAGGAGACUUGUACUGGGUCUAAGGGAGGUAACCAAACAUCUUAAAUUGAAGAAGAUUAAAUGUGUGAUUAUCUCCCCUAAUCUGGAGAAGAUCCAAUCCAAAGGUGGCCUGGACGAUGCACUCAACAACAUCCUAAACCUCUGUAACCAACAGAAUGUGCCCUUCGUGUUUGCAUUAGGCCGACGUUCACUUGGGAGGGCUUGUGCUAAACUUGUUCCAGUCAGUGUUGUCGGUAUAUUUAACUACGAUGGAACUGACGACAACUUCAAGGGGCUGAUGGAUCUGACCGAGGAAGCUCGUCAGUCUUACAAGGAGAUGGUGAGUGUGAUUGAGAAGGAGAUUCGAGAGUAUCCUACACGAGGUGCAGCAGCCUCAGCGCCCCACAUUUAUGCCCACAUGGGACACUCCAGGACACCAUCUGGUGCCAGUGUCCUAUCCUUCACCAGCAGUAUCCUGUCAGAGCCUAUAUCGGAGAAUUAUCCUCAUUCAGAGCCGGAAACAGACAGCAAAGGAUACGAAAUCAUCAAGGACUCUCCAGAACUUGAUCAAUAUUUUAGUUCUAACAGUGCAAUCCAGAAUGAAGGGGUACCUUGCAUCCAUACAAUGGGUAAAGGUCGUCAGUCAAAGGUCAAGGACUUUGAUGAUGGAAAUGAGGCUGACACAGAAGAUUAUGGAGAUUUGCCGCGGGUCAGAGUUCAGACUGGUAGCUCGGGUGAUAUUGAGAAGGACAGUGAUAAUGAUUCUGAGCAGGGUUCUCGUGAUACUGUCGAGGAACUGCCUCACAUAGACUCAAUACACAGUAGUACAUAUGAUCUCAGCACCGAAAUACUCUCACAACAUUCUGGUCGAACCAUAGAAAAUUGUGAAGCAAUGUCCACACAUUCUUCUCGGACUUUAGGUGAUGGCAGUUCCACGAUUCUGGCUGAUCCUGGGGAAAGGUCAAAGCACGACACUCCGAAAAGUACGGAGAGUCCGAGUAGCACAUUACAACGAGGUAAAGUGAUUGACGAGGAGAGAAUACAGAACUGGGUUGACGAGACACAGUCUCGACUGGAGACACUCCAACUUCAAUGUAGUACUGAGGACAGUGACAAUACAGACAGUGAUAGUGAGACAGA